GCCGAGCCCGACACGAAGCGCGAGCGAGCCGGAAUGAGCUCCUUCCUCCGGAGGCUGCGCUCAACGACCCGCCUGCACUCGCCUCGCUCGGAACCUCCGCCGCCGUCCACUCGCGUCGACUCGCACCCGUCCACCUCGUCCGACAUCGCCGCAUCUCGCGCCAGCUCGCCGACCAAGCUCCGGGCAGGUCCGGCGAGGCGCGGGUACGAGGCGCUCGAGGGCGACCAGCUCGGCGCGAGCGACGGCGGCUUCCUCGACUUGGGCACCUCGUCCGCGAUCGACUCGUGGACGCUCGACGAGGGCGAUGAGACGGGCGAGCUCGGCGAGUGGGUCUGGGUCGACGUCGACCUCGCGGGCGCGGCGGCGACGGAGCGAGGCGAGAGGGCGCUCGGCCGUGGCAGGGCGGCGUCUUUGCCGCACUUGGACCUCGCCCCGGCGCCCCCUCUCGUCCCCUUCUCGCCGUCGUUCGCCCUGUCGCCCGGGCGCGAUCCGCCGACGACACCGACCAAGCGCAAGGCGUCCAUCUCGUCGCCCGACCUGAGCCCGACCACGUCCUUCUCGUCGGCCCUCCUCUCCCCUUCCUCACCUGCCAGCCGCACCUCGACGUCGUCCCUCGCUCCGCCUCCGACGCCGAGCUCACCUACGUCGUCCACCGUCUCGCUCAGCUUCACGAUCGCGACCCGGAUCGACCACAACGGCCGCCGCGUCCUCACGUCGCGCCGGCGCCUGUCGCUCAAGCCGAGCCCGUGCGAGACGAGGCGGCACAAGGACCUGUACGGCAUCGGCGACGACGCGAGCGGCGACGAGCAGGACGAGGACGUCGAGUUUGCGCCAGCCGGAGCGGGACUCGAGCUCGUCGACGUCGGCGCGACCAUCCGCGGGCCGCGCACGGGCCUCGGCAUGCUCGACCUCGAGCUCUUCGCGGCGCACGGUCGCUCCGCAUCGUCGCCGCCGACGCUGUCGCACACGUUCGAGGCGCGCCCAACUCGCGCUCGUCCAACCGCGCUCGAGCCGCUCGCCAUCCCGUCGUCGGCGCCGGCGCGCCACUGCGAGUCGCCCCUGCCGUCACCGACGCUCGCGAGGCUUCCCGAGCACCAGCCGAUCAAGACGUUCUGGCCGCCGCCGCCGCUCGACCCGCCCUCGUCGCCCACCAAGGCGUCACCCUUUUCGUCCCUCACUCGCUCGAACACGACCUACUCGUCCAGGACCUCGUCGUCGUCAUCCGCAACCGGCUCGUCGUCGGCCGCCAAGCGCCACAACUCGCUCCUCCAGCCCCGCCGCACGUUCCGCCGCCUGUCGCUCUCUUCCCGCCACGGCUCGGGCCACGGCGGCGCCGGCUCGGGCGCCGCUCCGCUCAUGUGCGCGACGACCUUCUCGUCGCUACACGAGCGGCGCGCGUCGGCCCCGGCGCUCGAGCCGCUCGCCGGCGUCGACCUCGAGCGCCACACGAGCAUGUCGUCGUUCGGGAGCGCGAGCGGCAGCGGCGCGUUCAGCAUCCCGCCGACGCCGGGCGCGACGUCGUCGUCGAGCCACUACAGCCUCGGCACAGGCGCGUCGUGCUCGACGAGCGAGCCGCUGCUCGCGCUCGCGAGGCAGCAGAGCCUGUCGAGCGGCGGCGGCGGCCCGAGCGCGCAUGCGCGCCGCGCGAGCCAGGUCUCGUUCGAGCUCCCGCCGUCGACGCCGAGCGAGGCGCGUCGGUCGGCCGCUGCGGCCAUGACGGUCGCGAGCGAGAACGGGCACGCCGGCGCGAGCUUCGGUCCGCCGCCGGGCUCGCACCCGCCGCUGUCGCCGUCGUCGAGCUUUGCGCGCUCGAGGCGGCACGCGAGGUCGACGUCCGAGGGCGGUACGGCGCUGCAGAUGAGUGUCCUUGAGAGGGCGUGGGUGCCGCUCGAGGACCAGGCCGAGAGAGAGCUCGCGAGGGGAACACUCAUCGUCGUCAAUCCCGACACGACCUCGGCGUCUCCGUCUCGCCCGUCAUCCUCGCCCAUCGACACCACCUCGACCGCGCCCAGCUCCUGUCCAUCCGCCUCGCCCUCCUUCAGCCGCACGACCUGCCCCUCUCGCCCGCCCAAGUCGCUCGCAAGGUGGAGCGCCCCGCCGUCGCAGUCGCCCUUCCUCACGUCGCCGCAGCCGCCGACGCCUCCCGCUGCCUCUCGCGGUAUCGGCGUCGCGUGCUAG